GCGAGGGAGGGAGGGCCGGCCGGAGGGCGGGUCGCGGACUGGCGGAGCGGGGACCCUUUGAGCGAGGCGCGGAGGGCGGCGGUCCCGACGCCGUGGAGCCGCAGCGCAGCAGGAAGAAGAUGAGCCUUAAGUCUGAACGCCGAGGGAUUCAUGUCGAUCAGUCUGAGCUCCUGUGCAAGAAAGGAUGUGGUUACUAUGGCAACCCUGCUUGGCAGGGUUUCUGCUCCAAGUGCUGGAGGGAAGAGUACCACAAAGCAAGGCAGAAGCAGAUUCAGGAGGACUGGGAACUGGCAGAGCGACUUCAGCGGGAGGAGGAAGAGGCCUUUGCCAGCAGCCAGAGCAACCAAGGGGCCCAGUCCCUCACAUUUUCCAAGUUUGAAGAAAAGAAAACCAAUGAGAAGACCCGCAAAGUGACCACAGUAAAGAAAUUCUUCAGUGCUUCGUCCAGGGUUGGAUCAAAAAAGGCAGAAAUUCAGGAAGCAAAAGCUCCCAGUCCUUCCAUAAACCGGCAAACCAGCAUUGAAACGGAUAGAGUGUCUAAAGAGUUCAUAGAAUUUCUCAAGACCUUCCACAAGACAGGCCAAGAAAUCUAUAAGCAGACCAAGAUGUUUUUGGAAACAAUGCAUUACAAAAGGGAUUUAAGCAUUGAGGAACAGUCAGAGUGUACUCAAGAUUUUUACCAGAAUGUGGCUGAAAGAAUGCAGACUCGUGGAAAAGUGCCUCCCGAAAGAGUUGAGAAGAUAAUGGAUCAGAUUGAAAAGUACAUCAUGACUCGUCUCUAUAAAUACGUGUUCUGUCCGGAGACUACCGACGACGAGAAGAAAGAUCUCGCUAUUCAGAAGAGGAUCAGAGCCCUGCACUGGGUCACACCUCAGAUGCUUUGUGUCCCUGUUAAUGAAGAAAUUUCAGAAGUGUCUGAUAUGGUGGUGAAAGCAAUCACAGAUAUCAUCGAGAUGGACUCACAGCGGGUGCCGCGCGACAAGCUGGCCUGCAUCACCCGCUGCAGCAAGCACAUCUUCAACGCCAUCAAGAUCACCAAGAACGAGCCAGCCUCAGCCGACGACUUCUUACCGACCCUCAUCUACAUCGUCUUGAAGGGCAACCCCCCGCGCCUCCAGUCCAACAUCCAGUACAUCACCCGCUUCUGCAACCCGAGCCGGCUGAUGACCGGCGAGGACGGCUACUACUUCACCAACCUGUGCUGUGCUGUGGCUUUCAUCGAGAAGUUAGAUGCUCAGUCUUUGAAUUUAAGUCAGGAAGAUUUUGAUCGUUACAUGUCUGGCCAGACUUCUCCCCGGAAGCAGGAAUCUGAGAACUGGUCUCCUGACGCUUGCCUGGGAGUCAAGCAGAUGUACAAGAACUUGGAUCUCCUGUCUCAGUUGAAUGAGCGGCAAGAAAGGAUCAUGAGUGAAGCCAGGAAACUGGAAAAAGAUCUCAUAGAAUGGACAGAUGGGGUCGCUAAAGAGGUUCAAGACAUUGUUGAGAAAUAUCCCCUUGAAAUCAAGCCCCCGAAUCAGUCUUUAGCAGCUAUUGACUCUGAAAAUGUUGAAAAUGAUAAACUUCCUCCGCCACUGCAACCUCAGGUGUAUGCAGGAUGA